AUUUCUCAGGGUUCAGGCUAAGGAGCGCAGAUCAAGUGCUCCUGAAUGUUUGUGAGAAGCUUGCACUCGCUGCAGUGUUGUUAGUGCCUCAUCUAGCCCCACCCUCAGACACUUUGUCCUUCCUGUGUUUUGUCUGGCGGCACAAUGACUCUGGGGAAUAUGGAGAGUGUAGAACUGUUCGAUGCCGGGAAGAAGGGCCGAGGCCUGAGGACCGCCAGAGAGCUCAAAGCUGGAGAAGUGGUGUUUGCCGAGCCCAGCUUCGCUGCAGUGGUCUUCGACAGCUUGGCCUCUCAGGUUUGCCACAGUUGUUUCCAGCGUCAGGCCAACCUGCACCGCUGCGCUCAGUGUAAGUUUGCCCACUACUGCAACCGCACUUGCCAGACUGCAUGCUGGCAUGAACACAAACAGGAAUGUGCAGCCAUCAAGAAGGUCAUUACAGCCCCCAACGAGAACGUUCGACUGGCAGCUCGCAUAAUGUGGCGUAAACACAAGGACUCGGGGGUCGUGUCGGACAGCCAGCUGGUGUCGGUGGAUCAGCUGGUGGACCAUGUCAAUGAUCUCUCAGAAGAGGGCCUCAGUCAGCUGAAAAGUGACGUGCACAACUUCUUGGAAUACUGGUCUUAUGGAAGCAAGCAGCACUCGACUGAAUACAUCUCGCACAUCUUUGGCAUUAUCCAGUGUAACGGCUUCACAGUGAGUGACCAGAGAGGCCUGCAGGCUGUUGGUGUGGGUCUGUUCCCAAACUUGUGCCUGGUCAACCAUGACUGCUGGCCCAACUGCACCAUCAUACUCAACCACGGCAACCAAUCAGCUGUGAGUUCUGCUCUGCACUCUCAGAGGAGGAUCGAGCUGCGUGCUCUGAGGAAGGUGGCAGAGGGUGAGGAGCUGACCGUCAGCUACGUGGACUUCCUCGACCUCUCUGCUGACCGCCGGCAGAAGCUGAAGGAUCGAUUCCACUUUGAGUGCACCUGUCAACACUGCAGCCAGCACAUCAAGGACGAUCUGAUGAUGGCCACCGUGCAGAGCGACGGAAACAAAGUGAAAGAGGUGACUGCCUUCAGUAAAGAGUGUCUGGAGAAGAUUGAGAAGUCCUGUGUUGACGGUGAUUACCACGAGGUGGUCAAGUUGUGUCAGGAAUGUCUGGAGAAGCAGGAGAACGUCCUGGCUGACACUCACCUCUUGAAACUACGGGUACUCAGCGUUGCUAGCGAGGCUCUUUCUUACCUGAAGUCCUUCUCGAAGGCUGCAGACUGCGUCGCCAAGAUGGUGGACGGAUACGAGAAGUUGUACCAUCCCAACAACGCCCAGCUGGGCAUGGCCAUCAUGAGAGCGGGUGUCACCCACUGGCACGCCGGACACAUUGAGGUAGGCCACAGACUGAUCUGUAAGGCCUACGCCAUCCUGUUGAUCACCCAUGGACCCAACCACUCCAUCACCAGGGACUUGGAGACCAUACGCACGCAGACUGAGAUGGAGUUGCGUGUCUUUAAACAGAACCAGCACGGGUACUACGCCCUGAGGGAUGCCGCUCUGAAGUCCUCUAAUGAGGAAAAGAACAAAUAAACGUGCAAAGGUCUUCUGA